UGGCUGCCUUUUCAGGACGCGCAGCAGGUGGAGUCGAGGAACGAAGGAACAUUUAGCGGCGUCCACAUACCAGUAUGAAAUCGUCGUGAACAGACAUAAAUGCAAUGAUGCGAACCUCUUGGUGCCUCGUAGCCUUGUUCCUGGUUGGGAUGAGCGCGGAUGCCAAGAAACCCAGAAUGUUCAGAAAAACGUCGAAAGGAGGAUAUAGUGAAAUAAGUGAAACAUGCGAAACACCUUGUCUUAAUGGAGGUAGGUGCUACAAGGAACGCUGUGUCUGCCCUCCUGGGUACCGUGGAAACGCUUGCCAGCACAGUGUUUCGCUCUGUGACCCAUUAAGAGCUUUAAACUUUAAGGGUGAGUCAACGUGUAACCACACAGUGCGGGCUUCUACCUGCAUACUGAAAUGCGGGCGAGGAUUCCGAUACUCUGCACUCCCCCUGGCUGAUGUAUACACAUGUUCGGUUUCUGGGGAGUGGUCACCGUCCGAACUUCCACAAUGCACAAAGGAUCACAGACACCAUAGGAGUCAUCGUUUGAAGCACACUAGUGGCACGUGUGUAGUAUGGGGCUUGGGCCACUUCCGCACCUUUGACGGCUCUCUGUUCAGCUUCCGAAGUCGGUGUCGCCACUUGCUAACACAUGACUGCAAGGGGGACGUCUUCAGCGUUCACGUUGACGACCAUAGCUGCGACAAGAAGACUUGCCUGCGUACCCUCGAGGUCUACGUUGAAGGACAAAAGUAUGGCUUCACUGUGGAACCCACUCCCAGAGUCCUGUUAGAGAACACGUCUGUGGCGAUACCGACAACACUCGAGGGGUUACGAGUUCAGUACAUCGCCGGAAAAGUCCUGGUUUCCAGCGACCUGGGCUUCUCGAUUAUGUGGAACGGCGCAGACCUGGUGCAGGUCUCAGCGAAGGAUGAACUGAAAGGAAGUCUGUGCGGCCUGUGCGGCCAGUACGACGGAGACCCAACCAACGAUUUCGUCAAUAAGCAUGGCAGACAGGUCACCUCAAGGACAGCCUUUAUCGAUAGUUGGAAGAUGGAUGAUCUGGGAGACGAAUGCGAGGACAUAUUUUACGACCCGUCCAAGCAGCAUCGGAGCGAGGAGAUUGUAAUAGAAGCUCGUCGGCUAUGCUCAAAAGUGGAGAGAGUCGACUUUGAAGGCUGCCACGAGCUGGUAGAUCCGAGACCUUACGAACACAUCUGCUUGGACGACUACGGAGCAUGCUCCAAGAGUAAUUCUUCCUGCUCGUGUGAUUCCCUGGCUGAAUACUUCCGGGAGUGCCAGCGCUUAGGAGGAAAAAUGGAGCGCACAUGGAGGAACGCCGAGUUCUGUGCCCCUCAAUGUCCUGAUGGUAUGGUGUACAGCCAGUGCGGUGCAUCCUGUCCAAGGACCUGCAGGGAUCCAGAGCCAACGUGCAAAAACAGCGAGUGCGUUGACGGGUGUCACUGUCCGCCGGGUACUUACUUGCACAACGGCACGUGCCUCACAAAAGAAGAGUGUCCCUGUCUAUUACACGGAGAAGAGUACAGUACCGGUGCAAGGGUGGAACAGGAGUGCAACGCAUGCGAGUGCAAAGCAGGUGAAUGGCAGUGCACGGAUGUGCAGUGUCCCUCUCGCUGCACCGCGCACGGUGGCCCCUUGUACUCCACGUUCGAUGAAAAGCCGUACGAGUUCACUGGAAGAUGCCCCUACUACUUGAUCAAGUCACCAAACUUCACAGUCGUCCAGGAGACGGGUCAUUGCCCAGGGGGCCUUACACCAGAGGGUUCGCAUGGAAGACUUCGCAACUGCUUCAAGGUUAUUACGGUGACAACGGGAGACGACGUUGUGGUGUUGAAACGUGGAGAGGUUCUCGUGAACAACGACGAUGUCAUGCUGCCGUUCUUUAACGGACGGUUGACUGCCUAUUCCGCAACCUCGGAGUUUAUCAAAGUCAAGUUCGCAAAUGGAGUCGUCAUGCUCUGGGACAGGCAGUCAAGACUUUACAUAGACAGUCCUCCGGAGCAGUCUGGCCAGUUCAAAGGUCUUUGUGGUACAAAUAAUCUGAACCAAAAGGACGACUUUGGAACGGAAGCAGGUGACGUGGAAGUAGAAGUGGCGUCGUUUACAAACAAAUGGAAAGCAAACGAGGACUGCCUGGAACCAGACGACACGAAUGAUCACCCUUGUGGCCUCGUUCCACAGAGGGUGCCUGAAGCAAAGAGACUUUGUGGAAGCAUCUAUGAAGAUGUGUUCAAACGUUGCCACAGCGUCGUGGACCCCGAGCCUUACUACAAGAUGUGUCUUUACCGUACGUGUACUUGCGAAGCGGAGCUCAAGUCGUGCAUCUGCCCAGCAUUUGCCGAGUACGGAGCUGAAUGCGCCAGAAAGGGUCAAGGAGUAAACUGGCGCCAGCGCUUUCCUGUCUGCAGUCAAAGCUGUCCCAAGGACCAGCUCUGGAGCCAAUGCAAUCGACAGAGAAAUUGCUACGAAGUGUCAAGGGGACUUUCUUCAGAAGCAUGCGUUGAAGGUUGCGCAUGCGCGUUGGGAUACCUAAAGGACGGCAUUUGUGUCUUAAAAGAAGAGUGCCCCUGUUUCCACAGAAACAAGGAGAUACCUCCUGGUGGAUUUCUAAGAAAAAGAGGCGAACUCUGUGAAUGUGGUGAUGGAAAAUGGCAGUGCUUCGACGGCGAUUCACCCCUCACACCUGGUGUGAACACAUCGCUUGCUCUUCACGGUAUCGCCCGUACGAUUACAUGUUCGGACGAAGACAAUGUGGAAUAUACUCCGUGUCUUGAGAGCUGUCCACAGACCUGCGAUAACAUCAACAGUGUUCCAACGUGUGACACAGUAGACUGCAAACCGGGAUGCAGGUGCAAAGCUGGCUAUGUUCUGGACACCGACGUCGGAAGAUGUAUACCGGAAAGCAGCUGCGGUUGCAAGCAUGGCGGCAGAAAAUAUGAAGUGGGCUCCGUAAUCAGGAGAGACUGUAACAAAUGUACUUGCCGGAAGGGUUACUGGGAUUGCCAAGAAAAAAAAUGCCCUGGCGUGUGCACCGUGUGGGGCGAGUCGCACUUCAACACAUUCGAUGGUCGCAUAUUUGACUUCCGUGGCGAUUGCGAGUACAUGCUAGCCAAGGGCAGACAGAGCGACACAUCCAGGUUCGAAGUGACUGUUCAGAACGUUCCUUGCACAUCUGGUGACACUGUCUGCAGACGCAUUGCCAAAGUGGUUCUCGGCGACGAGGUGGUGACUCUAGGACAUGCGAAGACACUGCCAUCUGUAAGGCACGGAGCUAACUACGCUAUCAGGGAAACGCCCUUACAGGUUACGGUGUUCAGUCAACCGUUUGGUAUAAUCGUCGAAUGGGACAAAGGGACUCGAUUAUCUGUGCAAGUUCAACCCUCCUGGGCAGGCAAGGUCAAGGGCCUUUGCGGAAACUACAACGAGAAUCAGAUGGACGACUUCCAGACUCCCUCGGGCGGAAUCUCUGAGGGUGACGUUCGAAACUUCGGUGACAGCUGGAAGGUACAAGAGUUCUGUCCUGCUACUCGAGAAGUGACCGACUCCUGCCAGCAACACCCUCAUCGUAUGACAUGGGCAGUUCAGAAGUGCGAAGUCCUUAGGUCGGAACUAUUCGAGCCGUGCCAUUCAGCCGUUGCCAUCGAGCCAUAUUACCAGAGAUGCGUGCAAGAUGUAUGCAACUGUGAUUCAGGCGGGGAUUGUGAGUGCCUGUGCACCAACGUCGCAGCCUACGCGCAUGAAUGUAGUGCCCAGGGCGUUCCGAUCAAGUGGCGAUCUCAGGAGCUGUGUCCCAUUCAGUGCAACGGAGAGUGUUCCGAAUACGACGCCUGUGUUCCUGCAUGCCCGCCUAAGACAUGCGAGAUGCUCGCCGCAUCAUCUCAAGUCAAAGAAAUCUGCGACGAAGAGACGUGCUUUGAGGGUUGCCUUCCCAAGCCGUGUCCUACCGGAAUGGUGUACAACAACGAACGUGAGCUUAAAUGCGUCCCCGUAUCCCAAUGUAAGGUGCCUUGCAAGGAAAUCUACGGGGCGGUAUACUACGAAGGGGACCGGAUAACUGACGAGAGGGUUGCCGAGCCUUGCGAAUCAUGCUAUUGUCAGCAAAACAGCAUCGUGUGUACUGGUCACCCAUGUCCGACUGCACCACCAGCGUUUGUAGAAGAAUGUACUCAGACCGGCUGGACACCUUGGCACAGCGCUCUGGCUAAGGCAUCCGGCCAGUUCGCCUUACUUGGAGACGCCGCAUUCGCUGAAUGGUACGGCCAUUACUGCGGAAAAGAAAGCAUCGCCGAGAUCGAGUGCCGAGUUCAGGAAACUGAACAGUCCGCGUCUGAAAGUGGGCAGAAAGUGACCUGCGAACUGCCUCGUGGGCUGGCAUGUUAUAACAGAGACCAGGUCGACGGAGGCUGUUUAGGAUAUCAAGUCAGACUGUUCUGCAAUUGUGCAGUAGUCACCGAACCUGUGACGUACCCAUCUCCGACAACAACUGCUGCUCCAGUCACAAGAGAGGUCACUCCGACGGAAGACAGGUCCAGGGAUGGUGGCUUCACCGCAGAGCCUUCCACAGAGCCUCCCGAACUGCACGCCCCAACUCUUCCUGCGCGUGGUCUCUGCACGCCAGGGUGGACGGAGUUCUUCAAUUUGGACAACCCUGCAACUGGAGAAGGAGACUUAGAAACAAUGGAAAACAUUAGAAAAUCCCACGACCUGUGCUCCGACGACCUGUUGGCCGCUGCGGAUUGUCAGGCUGUCGUCGAUGGGCAGCUCACAGAUUAUACGAAAACGGGAGACAUUGGUGUCAAGUGCUCCAAGAAAGCAGGACUGGUGUGCGUCAAUUGGCUGCAGCCGAGAGGCAGGACGUGCCAUGAUUACGCGAUACGAUUUUACUGCACAUGUGAUCUGGAGAGACCUGAUGUACCACCCGUACCACCAGUGGAAGAAGAAGCGCAGCCCACAAAAGUUCCAGCGAUCCCAACGGAAGGAAUCCCAGAGGACAUGACACUCCCAGCGACUCAUGCGUGUACCCCAGGCUGGUCAUCGUUUUUCGACAGCGACGUUCCGUCCACAGGAGCAGGGGAUUUUGAGAUAUUGGAGAACAUGCAAGACUUGCCCUGCCGUCCCGCACAAGUGGAGGACAUUGAGUGCAAAGCUGUUUCCCAAGAAACAGGAGACCUUCUGGACUGGACAGAAACGGGUGAUGCAGUCACUUGCUCUGUAGAGAAGGGACUGACCUGCUUUAACCAAGAUCAGGGCUCGGAAAGACAAUGCCACAAUUACAAAGUCAGGGUGAAGUGCUCUUGUGUUCCUCCAGGUGAAGUAAGUAGAGCACUGCCAACUACAAGCUCUCCUCUGCCGAAGCCAACACGCCACGCGGCACCACCUGGCCCUCCAGAAGAACCACAUGGUACUUGCCGUUGGACCGGGUGGCUGGAUGCGGACAGCCCUAAUGACAGUCCGACUGACAUGGGAGACUUCGAAACGCUAAAGCUGUUGAAGGAUGUCUACGGCGUCUGCGAUGGCGACGACAUCCACGACAUCCAGUGUCGAGUCAAAGGCACUGGAGAGGACUGGAAAUCAUCGGGCCAGAGCUCACUGUCGUGCGACACUCGCCAAGGGUUCCGCUGUUACAACAAGUUCCAGAUCGAAAAGUGCCUCAACUACGAAGUCAGAUUGCUCUGCAACUGUGAACCUGAAGAUCAAGAGCGUAUUCCGGUUCUUCCUCCACUACGCCCCACUGAGGGUAUACCGGAAACAGUUCCUGCGGAAGAGACGACAACGGUGCCCACCACUGUUGAACCCAGAGAGCAAACAGGGGCAGCAGCUUCAACCGGACACACAGCCGCCACACCUGUAACAGCAACUGAAUUCGUAGGCACGGCCACAACAGUUGUGGUACCAGAAGAGCUCACGCAUCCGUUCGUAGUUUCCGAGACGAGUGAACCCCCUUCCGUGGUCUCCGAAAGUUUAACGCAAACGGCAUUGGGGACCACACCUGUCUAUGGUACUUCGGAACGGGCAGAAGGACCUACGCAAUCACCUCCUCUUUCCGAAACAACCGAGCCUUCGUCUUUGGCUUCUGAAAGCGCCACAGAAGCAGAGGGAAGCACCCACAUUUAUAUCGUGCCAGAGUUAUCAACGCACAUAGCUGUGGAAGCUGAAACGACGGAGAGUCACUUCGUAGUACCCGAAGAGGGUACGGGACCACCGAGUACUACUCCCGUGUAUGUUGCUUCUGGCACAUGGCAUCCACCUGGAACCUCUGGAACGACAGAACAUCAAUUCGUCACGCCAGAGUGGGAAACAUCAGCAAACGAAACGACACCGCACACUGUAAUCUCUGAAGAACCUGUACCACCAGUUGCUGUUUCAACCACAGUGAUACCAGAGAUCGUUCGAGAGAUCACCGAUGAAGGUUCAGAGACAACGGCGCCGAUAGAGCCAGCUGCGGGCAGGACUGUUCCGAUACCUGUUCCUACAGAGGGUCCAGGCAGUACCAUAAGACCUUUCACAGAAAAUCCAACUACACAGGCAGAGCGGGUGACAACUCAGGAACAAAUAACGACACUUGUGCCCGAGGGUCCGCACGUUGUUCCAGUGACGGAGGCCCCACGUUGCCCUCCAGGUCAGGUCUACAGCGACUGCGCGUACCGAUGUGACCAAACAUGCACCGCGUUCCUGCGCCUUCUGAUCCAAGAGACAAAGUGUGGAGCAAAUACUCCUGACUGCAUCCCCGGAUGCAGACCGGACAUCUAUUGCGAACCACCGCUAGUGUGGCACGACUACUCUACGUGCAUAUCAGUUUCGGAGUGCAGCUGUGUCCUACGGGAUAAAAUGCUUGGGCCCUACCAGGUUGUAACCUCCGGCUGUGAGCGUUGCAUGUGCGUCAAGAAUGUCGUUAGGUGCGAAGGGAUCCCAGGAUGUAAAGGUAGACCUCCUGGCGGGUCGCAAGUCACUGGUGCACAUGACGUUACGCCGCCAGUUAUAGCUGAAACGGUGCCCAUAACCACGUCGCCGGCGCCCACGGAAAGUUGCGCUUCGGGAUGGAGCGAGUGGUUCAACACGCAUUCUCCAGACGAGUAUGGCGACGUGGAGUCCCUGGAAGGAAUCCGCACGUCUGGGCAUCAUCUCUGCGCCAACCAUUUCAUCUCGAGCGUGCAGUGCAGACCGGCGUCGGACGACGAACAGGGAGAUGAGGACGAAUACAUUGUGUGCGACGUUCACAAGGGAAUGAUAUGCGAGAACGCUGCUAUGCCAUCUGGACGUUGUCGCGACUACGCCGUCAGGUUCCAUUGUGAUUGCCCCGAAGGUGGUACAGAAAUUGUUGUGACACCAGAACCAGUUCCAUCGCAAGAGCCAUACACCGAAGUGUAUGUGCCCUCACCAACAACGUUGCCGGAAGAAGUUGGAAGAGAAGAUGUUACGGAACCGACAUCAGAAGAGCCAGAGGAGCAACCCACGGUUCCGCCAACGCCUCAACCGCGGCCAGCUGUGAGAGCCCCAUGCACGAAAUAUGUAUACUUUGUUAAUGGACCCUCACCGCUCCCUGCAAGUCGUCUGACGGCUUCCAGCAGUGCAAGCGUCUCAUCGAAUCCCGACAAAGGACGACUUGGAUCGCAAACGACGAGCGAUUCCUUGGGUGCCUGGAUUCCACGGCGUCAAGGGCGGGGAGAAUUUGUUCAGGCCGAUCUAGGAGGAGUUCGAUUGGUGUACGGCGUCGUAACACAAGGACGAGAACGAACGGAGCAAAGAGUGACACGAUACCGGGUGCUCGUGAGCGAAGACGGAGAGUCCCUCUUCUACUUGCACGGCGACGAUGGUCAACCAAAGGAACUGGUCGGGAACCACGACGCCACUGGUGUGAUGCGACAGCUCUUCUUACGCCCAGUGAAAGCCCGUUACGUCCGCAUCGAACCUACAGCCUGGAACGAGAUUAUUGCCCUUCGUUUUGACAUCCUUGGAUGUCUUGAUGGCCCCACGCUCUCUCCACCGCUAGAACAGGAACCAACUGCACCCGCAAACGAGUCCACCACUGUACUGUGCCCGGAACUACCGGACAUCCUUUACGAACACUGUCCCGAAUGUCCAUCUGAUACACGCUGCGACGGUGCGUCCUGUAUUCCUGCAGUGGACUGUCCUUGCUUCCAGGACAGCCAGUUGUUCGGCACAAACCAGAUGAUACAAACAUCAACCUGUGACGUCUGCGUUUGCACACUCUAUGGCCACUCGGAAUGCUCCAAGAAACAGUGUUCGUGCUCCAGGGGACAGCGCCCAGGUCUGGACCAAAGCUGCAAAUGCAAGUGCGAGUACUGUCCAAUGGGCCAGAUGCUCUGCCCGACGUCGCAAGAGUGCAUCGACGAGACCAAGUGGUGCAACGGCGUUAAAGACUGUCCUGACGACGAAGUCAAUUGCCCUGCAGUCCCUCCAGCAAUGCCACCGUGCCCUAAAAAUGAAAAGCCUUCAUGCUCUCCCGGACACUACGCCAAGAUGGUGCGCAAGAGCAGGUGUCCAGAAUACACCUGCGUACCCGAAGGCAAAGAAGACGUCUGCUUCCUUUUAAUGAACGCUGGGACUUGCACUGUGGCUGGAAACACAUUCAGGACAUUCGACGGCAGAGAAUUUCGCUACGAAAUAUGUAACAACGUGCUCUUGCAAGAGAAAGAACAGAUGCGGUUCUCUGUAACCGCGCAUAAACAGUGCACUAACACUGGCAUCUGCAGUAGAUCGGUGUCCAUCAAGAAUGACCAAGUAUUCGUGAAGCUUGGUCCCACAUUAAAUGACAUAUCGGUCAAUGGCAUAAUCGUGGACGCCAGCAAUCUGGGAGCGCUGAACAAGCGUCUGAAGAGCAUACACUUGUCCCGCAACGGGAAAAGGCUCCUCUUCAGGUCCCUCGAGCACAACUUCCAAGUUGCCCUCGAUGACCUCCAGAACGUCCAGAUUGGGUUGUCCGAGUGCCUCACGGACAGAACGAAUGGAAUGUGCGGAACUUUCAACUACGAUGCAUCGGAUGACUUCAAAGCCCCGGAUGAUCGGUUGUUACAAACAGGGAGAGCAUUUGGUGACAGUUGGGCUACAGCAUCGUCAAGAUGCCUCCGUUUCGAGUGUUCGGAGGAAGCCCGCCACCACGCUCACGCUGCGUGCAGGAAGCUCAAAGAGCAUCCCCUGAGUGCAUGUUUUGAGUCGGGCGGGAUAUCUACAGCGACAGAAGUUUGCCAGGACUACGUGUGCGAAUGUAUCGCUCGCAACGGUGUCCAGAAUGCUAAACAGUGCUCGUGUCAGGCCAUCGAAGGAUUCGCCGCGACCUGCGAUCCGGAAACACGAGAAACUAUUUCAUCGGACUGGAGGCUAGCUCUCGGGUGUUCCCCUGAUUGCCCCGCUGGAAUGGAGUGGCGGGACUGUGGACCUGCGUGUGAAAAGACAUGCGAUAAUAUGCACGAGACCGAGAAGGAGUGCCCGGAAGAUUGUGUCGCUGGAUGCUUCUGUCCUCCAGGGCAGGUUCGUCGUGGGAACGACUGCGUGCCUCCAAACCUGUGCCACGACUGUGUAUGCAGGGGACACGGCGACCCGAACUACAUCACGUUCGAUGGCCGAUACUACGAUUUCCAAGGCAGUUGCGACUACGUCCUAGCGUCACACGUAUCGAGGGAUGACAACCUCCAAUUCCAAGUAGUCGGGCUCAACGUUGAAUGUCCGGAAGAACCGAGGACCACGUGUACGAACGGGAUUGUUGUGAGCUACAAGAAUCAUUACGUGAGGGUAGAAAGAGGACGAGGGAUAAAAAUCGACGAAACUGAACUACAAGACCGUGAUUUGGUUGUCACCAGACACAACUUCAACAUCAGUCGGGUACCCGGACAAAGCGCUACCAUCUUCGUGCCCCCUAUAGACUUAGUCGUGCGCUAUUUCGAACUCAACUACGGCUUCAGUAUAGAGUUGCCCUCUUUCCUUUACUUCAACAAGACUGAAGGCUUAUGCGGAGUCUGUAACUUCGACCCUUCUGACGACUUCCUUCCGCGUAACGGUCCUGUGACCCAGGACGUGAAAAGCUUUGCCUACAGCUGGCUCGUGGACGGAACACCAGAGAAUUGCCAGGUCAAGGCGCCGCAGAAGCGUCACGUGCAACCCGAAAUCUGCAAGUUUGAGGGCAAUGCCUGCGACAUUUAUGUGGAUCCCGACCUCUACCAAAAAUCCUGCCUCAACGAUGCCGGUUAUACUCGGAAUCUCAGCGCAUCUAUAUGUCGUUCCAAGCUUCAGUAUGCUGAGCACUGCUGUUCGGAUGGCGGCGUUUCUGUUCAUGAGUGGCUGAAACAAUCCGGAUGUGCUUCUACCUGUCCGAUGAAUAUGGAAUUCCGCUGCGACUCUGGUUGCGUCAAAACUUGCGAAAAUUACAAGGAUGCCGGCAAGGCGCUGUGUCCUCUAACGCCUACAUAUGGGUGCUUCUGCAAGCAGGGUUACGUACUCAAGGAAGGAAAGUGUGUGAAGCCCAGAGACUGCGAGGCUUGUGACCAGGAGGGUCAUCUGGUUGGAGACACUUGGAGCACCGGACCUUGUGAUUUUUGCGAGUGCAGUGAAAAGCUUCAAGUGCGGUGCACCAGAACACAAUGUCCACCGGAACCAGUUUGCAGGAAUGACGAACAGCUGCGCCGGUAUCCCCACAAGAGUGGCACUUGCUGCGACGACUACAAGUGUGAACUCAAGCCACGCCAUCACUGCCGGCAAACUGAGCCAGCUAAAUGCGACCCAGGGGCUGUCUCGAAGGUUCAGAUAGAUAAGAACGGAUGCCCGUCUUACGUGUGUGCAUGCGACGUUGAACAGUGUCCGGAUUUGCAAUGGCCGACGGACUUGGCCCCGGGACUGGAGCCUUUCAUUGAAACUAGUGGUUGCUGCAAGAAAGUGUCUGUACGAUGCAAUAUCCAGAAGUGCCCCGAACUUCGCAGCUGCCCUCCUGAGAUGGAGCUCAAGAACCGACCUGGAGUGUGUUGCACAACUUACCAGUGUGUACCGAAGAAUAAAUGUGCGUACAUGCAUCAGUACAAGGUGGAACGAGGAAUGCAAGUUUUGCUGCAUCCCGAUAACCAAUAUCUUCGGAUGUACCCUGCGGGGUCGUCUUGGACAGACGGAUUGUGCUCCAACUGCACGUGCAUGGAGCACCUUGGCCAGUUCCAGCACAGCUGCAAGGUGAAGGUGUGCCCCAGCCUCCAACGGGAUAGUGAGGAUUACGACUACGUGGUGGACCCAACAGGACUGCCCGGAGAGUGCUGCGUGAGAGAGAAACGGGCGGCUUGUAAGGGAGGCGGGAGCGUCCGCCCGAUCGGCACCGUUUGGCAAAACCCGGGGGAAGAGAAGUGCCGCAGCUACAGCUGCGUUCAGAACCCGACCACGGGCGAGGCGGAGAAGAUCGUCAUCCAGCAGAUCUGCAAUAACACCUGCGCACGGGGAGAAAAGUUCGUCCCACCGCAACCCGGUUCCGGCGAGUGCUGCGGGAAGUGUCUGAGACAGUUCUGCGAAGAAAAUGGCAAGGUCUAUGAGGUCGGCGGUACGUGGCGUUCUCAACAUCGCCGCUGCUUCAACGCCGUGUGCAGUCUCGGAAGCGAUGGUGGUGCUCGUCCACAAUACACAUCUAUUCCCUGUCCCGCACUUUCAAAAGAUUGUCCACCGAACGACAUUGUCCUGGAUGACGAAGGAUGUUGCAAGACGUGCAGGACACCCCCAAAAGCCUGCAGAGCGGAACCAGUUCCGCCGGACGAAUCCACCCGGAUCUUCACUAACUUCAGUCUGGAUCACGGCAACUGUGAAAACCAGAUGCCAAUUCCAGGCAUGAUGGCCUGUAAAGGGCUGUGCGAAUCAAGCUCGGAAUACAAUCAAGUGACGAAAGACUUCGUAGGCCAAUGCGGUUGCUGCCGGGUGACGAAGUUCGCGAUGAGCAAAGUGACUUUGCGCUGCGACGACGAAUCGGAAAUGGUUAUGGAGUACAAGAAUCCCAAGGAAUGUAGCUGCACAAAAUGUGGUGAAGAUCCAGACAUAAUUCUGGAAGAGCCCGACCCACAGUACGUGUAGGAAGUCACCCCGAAGUGGUUUCGGCAAAGUUACCCCCCCCCCCCCCCCACCCACUUUCAUUCGGAAUGCUAUAUAGGUAUAGCAUUGCAUCAAAACUCAUAGCUGCUGGCAUGCACAUCAUAGUAGAGCAAUGCCGGUGUCAUCGAAUCAUCUCAAUCUGGUGUACAAUGUUUUGCACAAUAAAUAGCUACCGCGCUUUCCUUUUA